AUGGAGGACGACCUAUUCGAAGGAGCAGACUCCCGGUCACGAAGUCCAAAAUGUCUCCGCCCCCCACAGCAGAGAAGGAGGAGUCGUUCUGGUUCUCGGAAUCGCAGCAGAGCUCCACGAGAAGCCGACAAAUCGCGAGCUCCCCCAAAAGAGGCACCCAAACGCUCUUCCUCAUCCUCUUCUUCCUCAUCCUCCUCAUCCUCCUCAUCCUCACCUUCACCAGAGCGACAGAAACAGCCCCAAAAUUCACCUCCAAAUCCUGACAGACGCACGGACGAUCAAAAAGCACAGUCCUCCUCACAAGUUCCGCCCCCUGACAGACGCCAAUCAGAGAGCGGAGGCAAGCAGCAGGAGGCGGAGCUCGAAGGGAGGAGUGAAGUGAAUGGAAAACAAACCAAAAACAGUCAAAACACGGAUACAAACAAGAGAGCAGCAGUUCCUCCUCAUCUUCAUCGUCAUCAUCCUCUUCCUCAUCAUCCUCAGACAGUUCGGACUCGGAGGGAGAGCAAAAGAAAGGGAAAAAGGCCCAAACAACAACUCAGAGCUCUGGGUCCUCCUCAUCCUCAUCGGACGACGAAAAGGAGACAAAGAAAAAGAGCAGCUCUUCAGGUCGUGAGAGGGUUCCUGCUGAUUCCCUCAGAGAUUCUCGCUCACUCAGUUACUCUCCGCCCAGAUACAUGAGAGGCAGCCGCAGGUCAUGGCAGCGAUCAUCUCCCAGUCGCUCAUCCAGCAGCAGACAUAAAAAAUGAUUGAGCCAAACUGGCCCAAGUUCAGUCUGAGGAGGGACUGCAGCGGAGCCUGUGACAUCUGACCUCCAACCCUGCCCUUUGACCCUGCGCCUGGGCCCAGACUUUUCUUUUUUAAUUUCUUUUGCACAGUGAAGUAGCCCUACUGCUGUGUUGUGUUUAUGUAGAUAUGAGCUGAACCGAACCAUGUUUUCUUUUUUCUUAUGUAACAAAAAUUAAGUGAUUUGGAUGUCCUGUUGACAGAAUCUGCAACACGUACUUUAUUUCUUUGUUGAAAUUGUUAAUAUUAAUAAAAUGUAACUGUACAUUUUAA